UUUCUCUACAAAUAAACAGACAUUUAUGUCAGAACUGGAUUCUCCUUUUGUCCUUGUGAGCGGUGUGCAAAGCUGACUCCUCUUUGUGUCAGAAAACAAAAUCGCCAUCUCCAUUUCCAUCUCCAAAAUAACACUUUCUCACUCUUUCUGCCUCCAAACCUAAACCCACCACAACCCCCCUAAAAAAACCCUAAACUUUAUCUCUAACCCCCCUCCAUGAAUCCAAAGCCUUUAUCUUCAACCUCCAUUACCAGCACUAUCAAAUCAAGGUUCACACAAGGGUUUCUCAGAGCCCUCAAAAGAAUAAACAGACAAAAACCCAGAACUGGAACUCCUCCUCCUUCUUCUUCUCGAGAGAUCUGUAAACGAUAUCUGAAAGUUAAGGUUGCUGCUGAUGCAUCCAUGGCCUGUGCUGUUGGGUCUAGAAGAGCUUGGAGCCGAGCUAUGCUGAGGAAGAUUCGAAGCCAAAGUACUUGUGUGAAAGUAAGAAGAAGAACCAGGUUUAGAAUGAAGAAGAAAGAGUCAAAUGAGAAGGAGGAUGGGAAUCCGAAAGCCAUGGAGCUUCGGAAGCUCGUGCCGGGCGGAGAAGCCAUGGAAAUCUGCAAGUUGUUGGAUGAGACUGCACAUUACAUUAAGUGCCUAUCCACCCAGGUAAAGGUGAUGAGAAGAAUUGCAGAUUUUUACUCUUCAAAUUAGUUGAGACGGUUCUAAAAUAUAUAUGAUAUAUGCUGGAAGUUUAUAUUAAGAUUAUUAGUGCAAUAAGUUUUCAAUUUAAUUUCUCUAUGAAAAAAUUUUAGCAAAGAUUUGAGUGAAGGGGAAAAGAAAGAAAUGUAAUACACCCAUACAAAGGAUUUAUUCGACUUAUAUGUAUGUAAUGUGGACUGCUGCUUUUUUUUUUUUUUUGAUGUGUCAGUUAAUGCAUGGUUGAUAAACUUUAUAUUCCAAAUCCUCUCCGAAAUAAAAGAAUGAAAUAAUUGAAGAGGUUGUUUUUGUUUAUUGUUAAAGAUUCAAUGGAGUUUUGUACUUUGUUCGUUUUGAAAAAAUUUAAAGAAAAUUAGUAUAUGUACUUAUAUAGGUACAAGAAAUUCACCAUUUUAU